CUGGCCUCUGCCCCAACCCUUACAGACGCGCUCGCUGCUUCCCAGGAAAGCCCUUUCCGUUCACUUCUGAUUGUUGCUGGCCUGCCCUUAUGAGACUCAUUAAUGUCCCUGUUAAGUGGAUUCCGUUUUUACUUCUCAUAUUUUCUCUCACAUCCUCCUCACCCACCCACCGUUCACUGGCCUAUAUUUUGUGUGCCAGGAAAGCAACAGCAGGGAAGUGAAGGAAGGCGGGCUGGAGAGAGAGUGAGGGCUGUCUGAAGACUUGUCUAGAUGAGGUCAAAUGAGCUGGCUUCGAUGUGUGAGCAUGGUUGAUAUUUUUCUACAGGAAGCUUGAGAAAUAUGAUCUGGGGAUUUCAUGGUUGUUUUCUCUAAGUUGGACAUUUCAAGACCAUCUCCGUAGUACUCCUGUUUCAAAGCACAUGUCUUGUUGCCUCAAUCACUUAAGAAUGCCUAAAAUUGCCUCUUGGUAGAGAGGAGAACGGAAGUACUGCAGGCCCCCUCCCCACCUCCCUUUGACCUGUGUGCUUCAAUCAAGCUUCCUUCUCAGCGCCCUCCUUUCACAGUACUUUCGUUUAUUUCUUUUUUUCCCUCCAGUUUUUUAUGAUAUUUGAGUUUUUUGCAACUCUUUAACAUUUGCGUAGAGUUUGCAAUAUUUUUUAUGCUCCUUGCAUUAACCUGUUCCAGGGAUUAUCACUCAGAAGUUGAGAUAGUUCAGUUCUACUUUUGUCACUUAGCAUUUUUUUGAUGUUCUUCAUUUGGUGAGCUAUGUUGCUUCCAAAGUAGUUUUAUUGGCAUAGGAAUCUUGGGGGCACAUGUUUUCCUCUUCCUAAUAUGGUUAAGUGAGAGUGAAGACAUAACAGAUAAAAUGUCGAAGUAAUGAAUUGGUUGUAAAAGCCAGAGAGUAAAUUUCACUUUGAACUCCCAGUCUGCUGUUUAAAAUGUUAGAGCACAGAAAUUUUUGUCUCUCCCCCUUUUUAUGACUCGGAGACUGUUUCUCUGCUCUAAUGUAUUUACACUGGGUUUUUUUGUUUGUUUAUUUACUUCAACACCAGUGAGUGUUGAGAAAGAAAAUAGUUGUCCGUUUUUGCACCACCUCCUUCUCUGAAUAACAAGAACUUCUAUUUAUGUAGAAGCCCAUACUCCAAGGUUCUGGUGCACAGUAUGGCAAAAACUGUCUUGAAUAAGUAUCUGUUCUUAAAUAUCUGAUAUUGGACCAUAUCUUUUAACUGUCCAAUUUUUAACUUCAUAUACACUUUGACAUGUGAUAUUUUCUCUAAAUCUAGUCACUAAGAUUUAACCUGAGACUGAAUACUAGGUACUGAUAAAAGUUAAUGGAACUGUGUAAUUGUGUCCUGAAAGUGUUAAUUAAUGUGGAGUUUCAAGUUCCUAUUCCCUUCAAACGUGAACUGUCAUGAUUUAAGUUGAGUGACUUUGGAGACAUUUGCAUUCCAAACAUACUAGACAGGAAUGACUGGUUUUAUUUUUAAAGAAGACACUACAUUGUAUUUUCAUGGCUGGUUAUAUGUUGACUUAAUUCCUGUAAAAACCUUCUUGGUUGUUCAGAGGCUUCAAACCCUUCGUUACCUUGGAAUUUAAAUUGUUUUAAAUGUAACACAAUAGUCAAAGGAAGGUAAAACUAUAGCUUAGAAGUGAAAACAACAUAUUAAUGUCAUAAAUACUAAGCCGCUAGGUUACCAAAAGCCAAGAGUUCUCAGUGGUUUGAAUGACCACAUCCUAAAAUUAGACAAGUCACUUCAUUUGGUUGCUUCUUGCUUCUGAGUUUUUCAUCUUUAAAAUGUUUGCUAAAUAAGAUUUCACUUUUCCACAUUUAUAACGUUAAGGUAGGUGAGGUAAAAUGUCGUCUGUCCAGGAUUUGAAAAACGAAAGAUAAAAACAUCAGGCCCAUAAAAGAGGACGUACUUAAUAAUGGUUAAACAAGGCUAAGAUAUGCUUUCUAACAGUAGGAUAUUCUUAACUCUCCAAGGCCACUUUAAUUUUAUGCAGAAAUUGCAGAUUGUUUUAGAUUUAAUCAUGAAAUUUGAAUAAAACUUUUAUAUAGGACUUUUUUUCCCCACAAAUUUAGAAUUUCUCUUCUUGCUUUGUUGCAUCCCACAAGGAAGGAUGGAAAGAAAAUAAACCCUGAAUUUGAGAUGGGAUGAAGUGAUCUAGUAAGAGGAACACUGGCAGACUAGCUUUUCAGGUUCAUACUUAAGGAUUCAUAACUUUCCUCUGAAGAACUGAAAGCCCAUUCAUGUGAAUUAUUUUAUUGUUCAUACGUCCUUCCUGUGUGCACGCAACUGCUUGAUGUGGGUUCUCAAUUCUCAAAUCAGGGAUUGAACCCAGGCCACAGCAGUGAAAGUACAGAGUCCUAACCCCUAAACCACCAAGGAAAUUCCCUGGUCUUUCACAUUCUUAAGAGGCCUUUCUCAAAAGACUGAACAUUCUUCACAGUCUGAAAGGAAAAGAAGAGACUCAUUCGGGAUGUUUGACGGUUAUGAUAGCUGCAGUGAGGACACAAGUAGCAGCUCCAGCUCUGAGGAAAGUGAAGAAGAGGUUGCUCCUUUACCUUCUAACCUCCCAAUUAUCAAAAACAAUGGCCAAGUCUACACAUACCCAGAUGGUAAAUCCGGCAUGGCUACCUGUGAAAUGUGUGGGAUGGUUGGUGUGCGAGAUGCUUUUUACUCUAAAACAAAGCGUUUCUGCAGUGUUUCAUGUUCAAGAAGUUAUUCGUCAAACUCCAAGAAGGCAAGCAUUUUGGCCAGACUUCAGGUAACGGGUAAGCCUCCGACAAAGAAAGCAAAAGUUCUUCAGAAACAACCUUUAGUCGCUAAACUAGCCGCAUAUGCUCAGUAUCAAGCUACCUUGCAAAACCAAGCAAAGACUAAAGCAGCAGCAGUCUCCAUGGAAGGUUUCAGCUGGGGUAACUACAUCAAUAGCAAUAGCUUUAUAGCAGCUCCAGUUACCUGCUUUAAACAUGCACCCAUGGGGACCUGCUGGGGUGAUAUCUCAGAAAAUGUGAGAGUAGAAGUUCCCAAUACAGACUGCAGCCUACCUACCAAAGUCUUCUGGAUUGCUGGAAUUGUAAAAUUAGCAGGUUACAAUGCCCUUUUAAGAUAUGAAGGAUUUGAAAAUGAUUCUGGUCUGGACUUCUGGUGCAAUAUAUGUGGUUCUGACAUCCAUCCAGUUGGUUGGUGUGCAGCCAGUGGAAAACCUCUUGUCCCUCCUAGAACUAUUCAGCAUAAGUAUACAAACUGGAAAGCUUUUCUAGUGAAACGACUUACUGGUGCCAAAACACUUCCUCCCGAUUUCUCACAAAAGGUUUCUGAGAGCAUGCAGUAUCCUUUCAAACCUUGCAUGAGAGUAGAAGUGGUUGACAAGAGGCAUUUGUGUCGAACACGGGUGGCAGUGGUGGAAAGUGUAAUUGGAGGAAGAUUAAGACUAGUGUAUGAAGAGAGCGAAGAUAGAACAGAUGACUUCUGGUGCCAUAUGCACAGCCCAUUAAUCCAUCAUAUUGGUUGGUCCCGAAGCAUAGGCCAUCGAUUCAAAAGAUCUGAUAUUACAAAGAAACAGGAUGGACAUUUUGAUACACCACCACAUUUAUUUGCUAAGGUAAAAGAAGUAGACCAGACUGGGGAAUGGUUCAAGGAAGGAAUGAAAUUGGAAGCUAUAGACCCAUUAAAUCUUUCCACAAUAUGUGUUGCGACCAUUAGAAAGGUGCUGGCUGAUGGAUUCCUGAUGAUUGGGAUCGAUGGCUCAGAAGCAGCAGAUGGUUCUGACUGGUUCUGUUAUCAUGCAACCUCCCCUUCUAUUUUCCCUGUUGGUUUCUGUGAAAUUAACAUGAUUGAACUUACUCCACCCAGAGGUUACACAAAACUUCCUUUUAAAUGGUUUGACUACCUCAGGGAAACUGGCUCCAUUGCAGCACCAGUAAAACUGUUUAAUAAGGAUGUUCCCAAUCACGGAUUUCGUGUAGGAAUGAAAUUAGAAGCAGUAGAUCUCAUGGAGCCACGAUUAAUAUGUGUAGCCACAGUAACUCGAAUUAUUCAUCGUCUCUUGAGGAUACAUUUUGAUGGAUGGGAAGAAGAAUAUGAUCAGUGGGUAGACUGUGAGUCCCCUGACCUCUAUCCUGUAGGGUGGUGUCAAUUAACUGGAUAUCAGCUACAGCCUCCAGCAUCACAGUCAUCAAGAGAAAGCCAAUCAGGUUCAUCAAAGCAGAAGAAAAAGGCUAAGUCCCAGCAAUACAAAGGACAUAAGAAAAAGAGGAAGAUGCCAAGUGGGAAGAAGCCUGUCAGUUUGUCGAGCCUACCCAUGACAGGUGGGCUGCGGAGGAGCUUCUCUGGUGACGAAGAGUUGACUCCUCCUCCAUAUCGAACCCUUCCAGCACAGACAGCCUCGGAGGCCUUCCCACCUCCCCGCACUAGCCGAGAGUUCAGUCCCAGCCUCAAAACAGUGACUACAUUGCAACUGAAGGAGGAGUUGAUAGAUGGAGAGGAUUAUAAUUUCCUCCAAGGAGCAUCUGAUCAGGAGAGCAAUGGCUCUGCCAACUUCUACAUCAAACAAGAGCCCUGAGGUGGCUCAGAAACUGUGGGUGGGAGGGAAAGAAUUUUACACAGGACUGAUUUAUAAUCAAUCCAGCUGUACAGUGGGGCUGUUCUACUGGGACAUUUUGCUAAACAUAGAAAAUUUCAGUUCCAGAUUUUUCAAGUGGGUAGGGAAACUAUUUUAGCCGUGGGGGGAAAUUUUUCAAUUUAUAAAGAUGGACAAUUUUUGUGUUGUAUUUGAAGCUUUUGAAAGAAUUUUGUAAUAUUUUCCAAGUUUGGAUUUAUGUGCAUUGUUAACAAGAACUGAAAUUCUAACUUUUUUGGUAAGAUUAAAGUUUAGGUAGCAGGAUUGAAGGAAAUGAUUUAAGAAGGAUAUAGUUGUAAAUGCAAAUGAACUGUCAUUACAAAUGAACCUUUUUGGUACCUGUUGGGAGACUUUGGGAUUUCAGAAGUUAGGCCAGUCACAUCUCCAGCUUCCUCUGCUGCAGAAUAUGCAACUGAACCCUGCCCCCUUGGAGGGCUCAUCACCACAUAGAUCAUGGAAGGGUAAUUAAUUCUGCUUCUUGGCAUUUUAUUGCAGCCCAUUUUAAAUAUUUGUACAGAAAUGUUUUUCUUUCUGUGAAAUUUUAUUUGGAGUUCUGUAUGAAACUGGAAGAACUCUGGAUACUUUUAUAUGUUCUCUUUUAAUUAAAAAAUGAGUAAAAUUAUCCUAACACUAAAGUGUUAAACUGGAAUGGUUGACAAGAUACAUACAAGAUCUCAGUCUACAUGUUGAGGGGUUGGGGAAACUGUAAUAUUGUCCUAAGUUUAUUUUAUUUUCCUUAUUAAAAAGAAAAAAAUACCCCACAAAAGGGAUUCUGAUCAGUUCUCUGCCACUUGCCACCAUCUGUGAGAUAAUACUUGGUAUAACCACACCCCAAAACACAUGUUCUGUAUUACCAGGAGAAUCAAAUUAAGUUGCUUAAAGCCAAAAUAACUUUAGAUUUCAAAAUCAUUCCAGCUCUGCUUUUAACUACUCUGGAUUUGUUAGAAAGCUAAUUUGAAAGAGAAUUUAAUUUUCUUAAAAUUCCGUAUAUAUAUAUAUAUAGUAUGAGUUUUCUUUAAUUAUAUUCAGAAUUAAUUUUAACAAUAGUAAUUCAUUUGGACCAUUUUGAACAUUCCCUAUUUUAAAACUAACAUAGCCUCCUUUUAAAAAAGGAUAUAAGGGUAAAUUGGUGAAAGGUUUGCUCUCUGCAUUUUUCUAACUUUCUGAGUUGUGACUGAAUGAGAGAGCUUUAGCAUUUACCAGUGAGGUUCAUAAACUAAACUCUCAGGAAUUAAUUGCAUCUGUUCUAGAAGUGCUUCUGGGUCUUAGCCUGGCCUCCUCAGAGUGGUAAUGUUGACCAUCUCCUCUGGAAUGUAGGUAGGGCUAAUUAGAAAUUAAUCAAAAUGAUUAACCUCUACAGUCCUUCAGCCUAUGGAAUGCUUUAAAAAAUGUUAAUGGAAAGCCCCAGGAGACCAUUUUAGGUAAGGUUUUUUGUUUGAAUUUUAAAAUGCAUAGAACAUUAAAAACCAGCAAUUUAUUUUCUAAAAUAUUGCUCUACUUUUGGGAAUAAUAGCAUUGGUAAUAUGCACAGGUUUACCUCAUUCUAUGCAAGAGGGGUUAAUAUCAUAAGGUUUUGUAGUUGCUACUGGAAGUAAAAUUUGUUACUUUAUAGUGUAAGAAUGUAUGGAAUCGCAUGUCAACAUUUCUUAAUACUGACUCUUUAGGGGCAUAAAAUGCAGAUCAUAUCAACGCCAAGUUGAUUCUCAUGUGUCAAAUAUAUGUGAAUUCAACUGUUAAAUUACUGGAUAUUUAUCUUAAACGUUACUGAGAGGGACCUACUGUAAAUGUGACAUCCUCACACUUCCCAAAUCUUUAACUUUUAAGAAUCUUCCCGUACACUUAAAGCCUGGAAGACUUCCAAAGCAGGGCUUACAAAGUCUUUAUUCUCAGGCUUAGUGAAUUAAACCCAGGACUCUGAUUUCAUGCGAUGAGCACAAGAAGCCAGUUGUAUCAAGUGCUCUAACAAUACCCUGGGCUUAGGGGCUCUACGGGGAACUGAAUAAACCAGGAGGGAUUUGAUUUAGAGCCUGGUAAUUAGCUCUGUGAAAUGCUCAGUUGUAGCCAGGUUUUAUAAGCUUCCAAUUCUACAGCAAAGCCAGGCUCUGAGUGUUCGAAUUUCCUACGUACUUAUGAAGUGUUCCUGUCUUAAUCCCAUGACCAACAGUUAAAGGUUGGUAAGACUUCUACCAUCUAAACACAACAUAAAGCCCUCUUCAUUGUUCCGACUCUAACUCCUACUGCCGAUGAACAGAAAAUGAGUUGAUGCAGAGGAGAUUCAUGUCUUAGCAGCAACUCCGAGCAUACAACUCAGCCCCAUUCUCUCUUACGGUUCAAACGUACUGCUGACCUUUGGUUUGUUUUUGUUUUUUUCCUGUUAGGAUUAUUUGGGAAUUUUUGGUAGUUUAAACCCUUUAACCUUUUCCUUGCUGUGUAUGAGGAAAGCUAAAGCUGUUAUCAACUUCUUCUUCUACGGAUACUAACACGGGUUUUCAGUGUUUGUUUGUUUUUAUUAUUAUUAAUUUUGCGUGAUGUGAAUACCCUCUCCCAUCAAUAUUUGUAUUAUGGUGCUAUAUAUUUGGUAAUGAUCCUUUACUAUUGGGAAGGGAUUUUAAAAAUACUGUGAUUAAACUGGGUUUCUUCCUUUGAUUUUCAUACUUUAAAUAUUAAAGCCACAGUCAUUUAUACAAAAGAAAAGCGUCUGUCCCUGGGCAAAUCUUUUGAGGACAGAGGUCAAAGUAAACUGCAUAAGGUUUUUACAUCAUUUCUGUAUGUAUUUGAUAUAUAGAUCAAUAUCUGUACAAAUUUAAUCUUUUAUUUUCUUGGUAACUUGUGAUCAUUGAGAAAGCAUUUGAGACUUUCUCAUGAAAUGUAUAUAUAUAAUGGCGUGAAAAAUUCCUUCAGAGAAAUUUAUGUUCCUUUCAUUUUUACCAAAUUACAAAUUUUCAGCAUGGAUGUGGAAAGCAUUAAAAUUAUAACUUUGUGUACAAGAUGAAAAUAAUUCACUAAAUUUGCCCUUUUUUACACAAAAUAAAACAUUAAAGUUAA